UUAUGCUUAAAAUAAUUGGGCCGUGGCCCUAGUCACUGCCCCCAAAAGGCCUUUAGCCACUAAAGCUCAACCGAGGACUGUACCUGCAUCGUACCGCGCUUACGGUCGCUUCUGGUUGUAACUUGUUAUACAGCUCACUGGUCAUAUCGCUGUGGCCAGCGCUGCGCGAUUGGUCUUGGGCAUCGAUUGCCCUACUUGUUAGCAAACCGAGCGGCCAGCGCAAGCUGUAACCCAGAACUUCACAGUAACAACUUUUCAGAUGCACGUAACACGAAAAUCUGCUUUUGCCAUGGAGCGGACAUCUCGUCGGCAAGUCGCCUCCGCGACAAUCCAGCAGCAUCGGUCGUUGCCCACUGUGUUGGCCCGCGCUUCGGCCCCAGCUAAGCAGCAACAGCAACAACAGCAAACACAAGCUUCCAAAGGGACGGUGCGUAGCGGCAAGGCUGCAGGGACCACAGCGCGAGGCGGCAAUUCAACCAUAGCCGUGCGCACACCGCGGACGGGCACCAACAGCACUGCUCGCCGCAAUAAGGGCGCUGAGCAGGAACCUGCAACCCGCAAAUCCGGGGGCAGCCAGUUUUACUUCAACCUGACUGGCUUCCCUUUCCCGUUGGGACCCUUCUUCUCGAGGAAAACCGUGCGCAUCGAGGUGGAGCGCGACAGCAUGUGGGUGUUCGAGCAGACGCAGGCGCUGGAGCUGUUCUCGGUGUACACGCCGGUGCGCAUGACGGUCAUCAAGCUGGCCUCGGGGGGGCUGUGGGUGCAUGCACCCGUGGCGCCCACGGAGGAGUGCAUCCGCCUGCUCAAGGAGCUGGAUGCCCCGGUGGAGUACAUCGUGCUGCCCACCUUUGCGUACGAGCACAAGGUGUUCGUGGGGCCCUUCUCGCGCCGCUUCCCCAAGGCGAAGGUGUACGUGGCGCCGUACCAGUGGUCCUACCCGCUCAACCUGCCUCCCCAGUUCUUCGGCAUCUUCCCUGCCGGCGAGCUCACCAGCGGGGACCCCAACGUACCCUGGGCAGAUGAGAUUGAGCAGAAGGUCUUCCUGCCGCCGUCCAUAGGUGUGGGCGACUACGUGCGGUUCAGCGAGGUGGCGUUCUUCCACCGCCGCAGCCGCUCGCUGCUGCUGACGGACGCGGUGGUGUACGUGCCGGAGGACCCGCCGGAGGUUAUCCCGGUUGACGCGCUGCUCCAGAACGCGCGCGACGGUCUGCUGGCUCGCUCCAUCGCGGGGGGUCUGCCGGCGGAGGAGGUGCGCCGCAUCGCGCAGCCGGGGCCCGUGGAGGACAGCCCGGAGGCGCGGAGGAAGGGCUGGCAGCGGAUGGCCCUGCUGGUGCUGUUCUUCAACCCCUCCAACCUGCUCCUGCCGCAGGAGUCCUUCUCCGCCAUCUCCGGGCGGCUGAUGGUGGGUCCGGUGGUGCAGACGCUGGUAUACAACAAGAUACCCAAGUCGGUGGUGGAGUGGGUGGAGGAGAUGUGCACCGACUGGAACUUCCGCCAGAUCAUCCCCUGCCACUUCGCAGCACCCAUCCGCGCCGGACCCGCAGACCUGCGCCGUGCCUUCACCUUCGCCUACGACCUAGCGGCCGCGGAAGGGCUGUUGCCGACACCGCCUCAGCAGCCCCCGCAGCAGCAGGAGGGGCUGCUGCCGGGCUUCCUCAGCGGCCUAGGCGGGCUGCUGAGUGCGAUCGGGGAGCGGCUGGGAGGUGGAGGUGGCGGCGCGGCUGCAUGGCAGCCCGUGGUGUUCCCGCCGGCAGACAUGCGGACGCUGAACUCCCUGAAUGAGACGUUGUUGUCGCUGGGGGCGGUGAAGCGCAAUGCGGAUGCGGAG